AUGAAUUCCUCCUCGUUUUCCACCGAUUUCGACGCGGCCAACAUGCUCAAACCGUCGAGUUCGCAAAUGUUCGGACCGAUCGAUAUUCGACUGCCGCCACACAAAGAUUCUCGACUCGAGCAUCGGGUCCGUCUCGCGCCCGAACGCAUGUGUUUCGGCACCGUUCGACCGCAGACGGCCGCUUACUUGAUUUGUAUUGCCGCACUUCACGAAAUCACGUUUGGUGAGGGUUUUUAAAGAGUUUCAUGGUCAUUUUUGAGUUCUUCAGGUGAUUUGCAAGGUUUUGAUACGCAUAUUGCCCUAGUUAGAAGGUCUUUUUGUCAGACUUGCAACGGGCCGGGCCGGGCCAAAAUUGGAAAUUUUCCGGCCCGGCCCGGCCCGGCCCGGUCGGCCCGGGAGGAUGCACCUAAACAUUCAAAGCGAACUAGAACUUCGAAACGAACAUAAUUUUAUAGACUUAAAAUUUUAUAGACUUAAAAAGGCAAUGUAAAAAAAAAAAUAAUGCAUAAAAACCUGUUAAAAAAUAGAAAUUGCUGUUUAAAGUCGCAAAAUUUUCACAAAAAUUACGAAAAUUUUCUCAAGAGUGGGCGGAGCGAUUGAUUGCAACUCUGGCACGCCAUUUUAGCAAUUUUGCCGCACGCGUUUUCCUCUUCCUUCAUAUUUUUUUUGCAUAUUUUUUUGAGGUCUAACUUCCGGCCCGAGCGGGCCGGGCCGGGCCGGGCCAAAACCGGGUAGGGGCCGGGCCGGCCCGGGAUUUGGCAAGUCUGCUUUUUGUAUAUGUGGGCUCCAAAAUGCUGCAAAUUUAAUUUCUGAGCACCACACUGUGCAGACAUCUUUACCAACACAUUUUCCAGAAAAUUUCCACGUGAUUUGACACCCAUAUUGUCCAGAAUCCAAAAAAAUGAGGAAAAUGUGCUCCGUGAGCCCGAGCAUUGCUUAUAAAUUGCUUGAAACCCAAAAAAUUAACUUCAAAACUUGCAGGAACGAUCCUGGUCUUCGCCAGCGACUACGGCGAGAAAGAGAACUGGUACCAGAGUGCGCAAUGGCUCGUCAUCCUCACGUGCCGUCUCCUACAGUACCCCUCGUGCUUCAUUUCGCUUUUCGGCAUCCGCAACAACAAUCCGGCGCUCAUCGUUCCGUUUAUGCUCUCUCAGGUUGGUGCGCAUCUUUGGACAGCGAUUUUUAGUGAUGAGGGAAUGAGCAUGGGCAUUGGAAUGGAAAAAAAUGAGCUUGUGUGAUAUCAUCCAUUUGGAAAUGUCACCAAACGUCAUUUUUAAAGGCGAGGGUUGUGAAAAUCGAGUUCCGCUUGUGAUUUCAGGUGAUUAGGGCAUAAUUGGUACCAAAUGACUCGAAAAAACGAGCUGAUUACGAAUUUCCAGGUCUCGUUGGGCAGCUAUGCCGAUUUGCACACCUACAUUCAGCUGGUAUCGAAAUGCUCGCCGUCCGCAGCCAUGCCCACCACUUCUCCGAUCAUUUUGAUAGUGAUUCCGAUUCUCGUCUAUGCGGGCGUUUUGAUGUUCUUCAUUUAUAACAUGUACAUGAUUGUCAAGUGUUUUACCGUAAUCCGAGGCGGUGGCGGAACGCACAACACCGACAGAUCCAUCAAUGAAGACUUGUUUUUGUAA